GAUCCCUGUCGGUCAGCUGAUAUGAGUUGCUACUGUCAUUCACAAUCUUCAUGAACAGAACCUGAUAACAGAAGACCCCGUAGAAUUUGAAUUAGAGUUUCGGGAUAGUAAUCGCAUUCCGAAUUACUGCGAACAAUCGGCUGUGCAAGGCUCGGUCGGUCUGUCAGAAAGAUAAUUGUAUAAGAAGACACUGAGGAAGGGGAAGUCGUUCGCAACCGAUUCCCCAAGUAAUGCUAAUUAUUAAUAAAGGCCUGCACUUCCGCACGCGUUAAGUUGUGUUAUUUUUAUUUGGAUUUGUUCAAAACUAGGCUAUCCCCAUGGCUUCAAUACUUGAUGAAUACGAGGACUCUCAGAUCAUUCGGCACCCAUCGCAGCAGCAGCAUACCCGCCUUUCAGCAUCUAACAUUGGGAUUACACACUCAGGAUUCGUAAAUGCCAGAUUGGAGGAAGAGAAGCCGAUAUUCAAUAAGCAGAGGAUUGACUUUUCUCCCCCUGAGAAGAUUAACCACUUUGCAGUCUGCAAUAACCAACUUUGUAUGAGCCUUGGGAAAGACACCCUGCUGAGGAUUGAUCUUGGAAAGCCUGAUCAACCAAAUCAGAUUGAACUUGGACGUAAGGAUGAUGCAAAAGUACACAAGCUAUUCUUGGAUCCUACAGGUUCCCAUCUGCUGAUCAGCCUAAAUACAAACGAGUGUCUGUACCUGAACAGAAACACUCAGAAGGUGCGGAGCCUCUCACGAUGGAAGGGUCAUCUCAUUGAGAGCAUUGGCUGGAACAAGCUCCUGGGUACAGAGACCAACACAUGGCCCAUCCUGGUGGGCACCAGCCAGGGACAGAUCUAUGAAGCAGAGAUCUCGACAUCAGAAGGAAGCCUAUUCAGUACCAACCCAGACCAGUAUUUUAGACUGGUCUACACUUUAGAUGAAGAUGGCAAAUCAGCCCCUGUUUGCUGUUUGGAGAUUGAGCGGGGGGUCGGUUCGAAGUUCUUCAUCAUAGCGACCACGCGGAAGCGUCUGUUCCAGUUUGUCGGGAAAGUGCCAGAAGGUACAGAGCAGCAGGGCUUUAGUUCCAUUUUCAGCCAAAACGCAGACCAUUUCCCCAGCUUUCAGGAGUUUCCAGCCAAUCUUGGCUUCAGCGAAAUAGCGUUUUACACCCCCAAGCUGCGUACCUCGCCGCGAUCAUUUGCCUGGAUGAUGGGUAAUGGAGUUUUAUAUGGAACACUGAACUAUGCCCGUCCUGAUUCUCUGUUAAGUGAUGUUCAGGUUUGGGAGUAUCCUCCGGAUAUCGAUUUCAAUUUCAACAAGCCCAUUUCCAUUGUCCUGACGCAAUUCCAUUUUCUGCUCUUGCUGCCUGAUCGGGUGAAAGCUGUAUGCAUCUUAAAUGGGCAGGUGGUUUACGAAGAUGUCUUCCCAGACAAGUUUGGUUCCUUGAAAAAGAUGAACAAAGACUCAGCUGGCGGGUUAGUGUGGAUUUACACCGAGAAAGCUGUUUUCCGCUACCACAUUCAGAGAGAGGCGCGAGAUGUGUGGCAAAUGUACAUGAGCAUGAGCAAGUUUGACUUGGCCAAAGAGUAUUGCAAAGACAGGCCAGAGUGCCUUGACAUUGUCUUGGCCAAAGAAGCUGAGCACUGCUUCCAGAAUAAGAAAUACCUGGAGAGUGCCAAGUGUUAUGCACUGACGCAAAACUAUUUUGAAGAGAUCGCCUUAAAGUUCAUUGAUGCCAAGCAGGAGGAUGCUUUGAAAGAAUUCCUGAUGAAGAAACUCAACAACCUGAAGCCCAGCGAGAAGACACAGAUCACCCUCCUGGUCACCUGGCUUACGGAACUCUGCCUCAACAGGUUGGGCACCUUAGAAGGUGACGAGUCGAAACGCAGCAUUUUCUUGGAGAGCAGAGAAGAGUUCCGCAAGUUCCUCAGCAGCUCCAAAAUCAAAGAAUGUCUGUACAAUAACAGAACGACCAUUUAUGACCUUUUGGCCAGCCACGGAAAUGUGGAAGACAUGGUGUUCUUCUCUGUCAUUAUGCAGGACUAUGAGCGUGUGAUCUCCCACUAUUGCCAGCAUGAUGACUACGAAGCAGCCCUGGAGGUGUUGUCUAAGCACCGCGAUGAGAAGCUGUUCUACAAGUUCUCACCAGUCCUCAUGCAACACAUCCCCAAGAAGGUGGUAGAUGCCUGGAUCCAGAUGGGGAAGAAACUAGACUCCAAGAAUCUCAUCCCUGCUCUGGUCAACUACAGCCAGAUUGGCAGUACAGAGCAGAUCAAUGAGACCAUACGCUACAUGGAGUUUUGUGUAUAUGAGCUGGCUGUAACGGAAGAGGCAAUCCACAACUACCUGCUGUCUCUCUAUGCCAAGUACAAGCCAGAGUCUUUGCUUUUGUACCUGGAGCAGACUGGAACGCACUCUUCAGAUAUUCACUAUGACCUCAAGUACGCCUUGCGUCUGUGUGCUGAACAUGGGCAUCAUAAGGCCUGCGUGCACGUCUAUAAGAUAAUGGAACUGUAUGAGGAGGCAGUGGAUCUGGCAUUGCAGGUAGAUGUGGACCUGGCCAAAUCCUGUGCAGACCUGCCGGAGGAUGACGAGGAACUGCGGAAGAAGCUGUGGCUGAAGAUCGCCCGCCACGUGGUGCAGGAGGAGAAGGACGUGAAGAAAGCCAUGAACUGCCUCUCCAGCUGCAACCUGCUCAAGAUUGAAGACAUCCUGCCCUUCUUCCCAGAUUUCGUCACCAUUGACCACUUCAAGGAGGCCAUCUGCAACUCGCUGGAGGAGUACAACAAACACAUCGAGGAGCUCAAGCAGGAGAUGGAAGAAGCCACCGAGAGUGCCAAGCGGAUUCGAGAGGACAUCCAGGAGAUGAGGAACAAGUACGGUGUUGUCGAGUCUCAGGAGAAAUGCGCUGCCUGUGACUUUCCCCUGCUCAACCGCCCAUUUUACCUAUUCCUGUGCAGCCACAUGUUCCAUUAUGACUGCCUCCUUCAAGAGGUCAGCCCCCACCUGUCUGCUUACAAGCACAGCAAGCUGGAGGAACUCCAAAAGAAGCUGUUGACCACCAGCCAGCCCACCAAGUCCAGACAUCGGCCGAAAGAGGAGGACACGGUAAGCCUGGGAAAAGGCCAGCUGAGCCGACAGCAGAUCAAGUCAGACAUUGAUGACAUCAUUGCUGCAGAGUGCGUGUACUGUGGGGAGCUGAUGAUCAAGUCUAUUGAUAAGCCUUUUAUUGACCCACAGAAGUAUGAGGAUGAAAAAUCAAGCUGGCUGUAAAGAUUGGUACAGCUGCAUCCAGAAUGGGGAUGAUUCUCACUAAGCUAAGGGCAAGUGCAGAACUAUCUGCUAGGAUGUACUGUGAAGUUUGCCUGUACUUAACUGCUGCAUUGGUGUAUAGCAAAACUGAAACCUACAACAGCACUUGUGAAUAUGUCUGCUCAGUUUGUGGUUGUAAGACAAGAAUAGCAUUUUCCUUCAAAUAUGUGUUUGUAAAGCACCUGGUUUCCUGAACAGAAACAGAAGUAUACUAAUUCUCUUCAUAGAAGGUACAGCAGAAGUGGCAGCAUUGAGAAAUUAGAAAAUGCACUAAAUCUGCUUGAAAAAUGUAAAUCAAUACAUCUUUAAUUAGUCACCCUGAUAAAUGUUUUUCAAACCAUGCAAGUUUCUUUCACACCUACCUAUCGAUCUUCCUCAGCACUAUCGUAGAGAGAACAAUCUCUUGGGAGUAUGUAGUUCAGUCUACAUGUCUAUCUUUGUUCACUCUGAGAGAGUGUUGAUUGUGGUAACGGGAGGUAUAUUAGGAACUGAACUGAAACUGCCACAGAUUUGUAUAGAUUUCCACCACUACUGACCUUUACUGGCUUUUUACAGGCUCCAUCUCCAACUUCAAUCCACUGAGCUACCCACCUCUCUUCCUCUUCAUGUCCCCUUUGUAGAUGAAGAUGUGUAACAAAACAUACAGUUCCACGCUGUAACCUCAUUGCCAUCCAGUUCAAAUUGAUGUUGGUUAAAUGCUGCCUUCUAGUGUUAUUGUACUCUUGCUUGGUUGAGCCCCUGUUUAAGCUCCAGACCGACUCCCUGUUUUCUUUUGUUGUAUAAUUCUAUUUUAAUGAGGAAUAGACGUGAAUAAAAGUCAGGGUGAGCAAAUUAAAGUCAGGGUGAGCAUUUGCAAUGACAAAAACCAGUUUCAUCACAAGGGUGUUCUCUUAGGUGAAGUGUUCUCUUAGGAGGUUCCUAUACACGGUGACUAAUGCACCCCUUUUAAAAGCCUUGAAGAGCAUUAAGUAUAACCCAACAAUCACAAGUCUGUCAAAUAAAGAAUGAUCUGGUUUGGAGUGUCUACAAACACUUCUGUUCGCUUUCAUGCCUCUUUGUACGUGAAACACGAUAAAAUCCUAAAGGUCACUUUUCAGUUUUAUUACCAUGCAAACAGCUGUGUGAUUGUGUUUCUGCUCCUACUGUCGAACCACACAGCACAAGGUAACCAGUGUAUUACAGAAACGUAUAAUCAGCUAAAUAUCCUGCAGAAAACAGUGUGUAUUCUUAAAGAAGUUAAAACCAAGGCUUUUGGUUUUCUUACUCUACCUUUUAGUUGCAUUAUCAUUGAAUCCCAUUUUUUGUGUGGAAUAUCUCUUGGUUCUUUACCUGUUGCAGUUCCAUUUGGUACCUAAUCACUUCCUGUCAGGCCACUUUAGCUACUGCACAGGAAUCUAUAACUGUAUUUGAAAAAACCUACAUUGUGCUAAAAGUCAGAGAACUUCAUCACAGCAGUAGUAAUGUUACUAAUAGGAGGUAUUAAUAUGUUUUUAGAGCUUGAAAACCAACUUAAUUAAAAACUAUAUAUUAAUUUUAAUUCACAAUUAUUAAGCUUUUACAGUAGCUUUUCAUGAUUGAGUUUUUUUUUUCAAGGGGAAUGGAAUUCAAACUGAGGCUAUGACAUAUCAGUCUUGUUUGUUACGUUAUCACAUAUACUAUAAUGACUAAUGCACUUACUUUUUUUGGUCAUAUUGAAUUAAAGCCUGUAACACUGCUGAGUAUGAUGAAGUGAUACUGUAUCAUUUUUGUGCAGGGAAGAUGUUUUAAUCAGCUGUUGCCACCCAAAAAAGCAUUACAUGGACUAAAAUAAUUGUGACUGUAUUAUCAUCAGUACAAAAUAAAAUACUACAUGACCUUA